AUGUGUAUGUUCCUUGCCAAAUGUUUUUCUACUUUUCCUGGGCUGUGUUGGCUUGCCCUUACAAUGUAUCAAGUGGAUCAUCCAAGUUAUGACGAUAGAUUGAGAUACUUCAGUAUAUUGUUCGAGUCAUUGCUCUCUUUCCAAACGGAGGAAUCAAGAAACAAGUCAAAGAAACAGAAGUCUGCUAUUGAUCUUCCCAAAGCCCCGAAAGAAGUGGAGGGCCCUAAGGUUUCUGAGCUAAAGGCUAAGGCAGAAGCUGAGCAGCAUGCUGUUCGUCGAAUGAGGAUGUGUCUCCGCGAUAUCUGUAACCGCAUUUUGUACAACAAAAGGUUCAAUGUAUUUCACUUCCCGGUAUCAGAAGAGGAGCCCAUGGAUAUGGCUACUGUCUUGAAGCGGGUGGACUCUGGACAGUACCUUACCAGGGCAGCAUUUAUGAAGGAUAUUGAUCUCAUUGUCUCAAAUGCAAAGACUUACAAUGGGGAUGACUACAAUGGAUCUAGGAUCGUCAGUAGAGCAUGUGAACUCAGAGAUGUGGUAUCUUGUUUGUUCUCACUUUCUCCUAUAUUGUGUUCUCGACAAUGCCUCUACAGAUUAUCAUUCUUAUGUCUAAUGAACCUCUUUUUGGCCAGGUCCAAGGGGGGCCCACAGCAGGUUGUGGAUGAUGAAGAUAACUCUAUUCUUCAAGCAGCGCCUGUUGCUCAGCUGGUUUCUGGUACUAGAUUAAGUGCAAGGCUUCGCAGUGUACAGCCAGAAGUAAACGUGUCACAAAGUUAUGAAGUGCUAAAGCGGCAAAAGAAAAGUGCUGAAAAUGAGCACAGCAUGACCAAAGAUGUGGUAGCUAGAGAUGGAAAGUCUCCGGAAGAUGUAGAUUUGUCAAAACCAACUGACCCAGAAGAAGCUGCAAAAGAACCAGAGUCAAAUGGCACAACGAAAGAAGCCAACGAUUCACCAGCCGAAGAACCAGAAGUACCUACUUCUCCUGAACCCAUGGAGUCUGACAACGCAAUUUCUCAUGCUUUCCCCCUUCUAAAAUUUCUUCCACUAAGCCACUUGCCUAUUGCCGGCAAAAAGGUUAACGGGGCUGCUGUAUCACGCAAGCUUUAG